AUGUCCUAUCCAGCCGAUCUGGGGCAUUCACGCUCACACUCACGCUCAUCCUCCGGAUCCUCGGGCUCCCUCACCGCCCGCCAAAGCAGGCGCUCAAGUGCCGGCACAGUUCGGGCCCCUAGCAGCGGAGGCAAGCUCUUUGGGCUCAUACGUGGCAAGAAGGCAGGCCAAGGAGGGGAUGAGGACGAUGAUGAAGACGAUGACGCUGCGGAACUAGGGGCGUACAGCCCUCAUGUCAGUCCGAGUCCUAGUCCAGGACCUGGUUGGAGGUCAUCCUCCGUCCGAAUGGACCAAGAAGAAGAGAUAGUCGAAAUGGAGGCAGGGCCGAGUGACUAUCUGGAGCGCGGAUUCGAUACGCCCUCAACGCUUUCCUCGGAAUUGUACCCAGAAGCCGGAUGGAGGCAGCCCAGCACCAAGCCCUACGACUCUGAGUCGAUAGAAGAAGGACCUAGCGAUUACUGGGGACCUGAAACACCACCCAUCGCGCCGACGCAUCCUCCAGAAUCGUCUCUUGGUCAAUCACCAGGUGUGAAUGGAGACCUCUACGAUGACGACGAGUAUGAGCGGAGAAUAAAGAAUGUACUGGCGCAAGAUGAGCUGGGGAGCUCGCCGAAUCUGAGUACGAGUGAGGCGGAGGGGUUCCAUCCCUCACGCUAUCGUGAGAAUAGUGCCGAUAUACGUGGGGUCGGAGUGGAAAAUGGGAGAGAUUCUGCUACAAAUGGGCAAGGAGAAAGCUCUGUGGGAGAGGAGGAAUCUGGACCGAGGGUGGCAGAAUCAGAUCGCGAUGAUGUCUCAAUACGGACUCCCUCGACAGCGUCCCAAACGCCUGCUCGUUUAAGAGAAGGUCCAUACCCUCCCGGAUUCACUCCGAGCCCUAGCAAACGAGCUUCCUUCAUUCACCCUUCCAUCUCCAGACUCCGUUCGCAUAUGCGCUCCUCUUCAGCAAACUCCCAGCAAUCCAUUCAGAACCCCCAUUCGCUCAAUCUGCGAGCUCCUAGCCACUUCUCUCAAGUAUCUGCAGCGCGGUCAGAUACAAUGUCUGUCAGCAGUCUACCGUCCAAACCGUCAACCCUACACCAAGAAAUCCCCAAACCUCCUUCUGAACCUGAGCAAGGCCCGGCUUUCCAAUUCCAUCCCUUACGGAAACUCUCUACGCACCUGUUCUCGAGAGAUAAGAAGAAUGGGAGCGGGAAGUCUUCGCCAAAGCCGGUAAUAAGCCGCAAGGCCAGUUCUUUGCUGGGUUUGCCCAUUGGUAGCCCGGUGAAAGAGACCAUGGAGGAGCAGAAGCUAGGCCGACCGACUGCGCUCGACAUCAAUGGAAUGAUAGCUGUUGGGACGGAUGCAGGAGUAGUCGUGGUAUACGGCUUUGGGCAGGAUAUCAAGUACACCCUUGGUCCGGAGGAUCCCAAUGCUGCUGUCACAUGCGUAACCAUUUCCUCCGAUGAUACAUACAUCGCCGUCGGUCUCUCCAUCGGUACCAUCCACCUCUACGACCUCUCCUCCCCCGCCCGUCCUGCCCGGACAGCCCACUCGCUGUCUCUCAAGCAGAUUCACUCUGGCCGACGUGAAGGCCACCUUCAGGGAUCGAGAAUCUUGCACAUAGGAUUCGUGGGCAAGAGACAUACCAGUAUAGUGUCGGGAGAUGAGCAUGGGCGGGCGUUCUGGUGGAGUUUGGGGAAAGUUAUGGGCAUGGAAAGCACGGAUGUCAUAAGGAUGCUGGGGUCGUACCCUUCACCUGGGACGAACGACAAGCCUCCAUACCCUCCCAAGAAACCAACAACCCUCUUUUCAACGACCUCACUCCCGCUCAACUCUUCAGCCCAUCCCACCGAUGAAUUCUCCCUCUCUGCCCUCCUGACACCAUCAAAGCUGGUCAUCGUGGGGAUGAAGCCUCAGGCAAAGACGUGGUUCCGCAAGAUGCGCGACAAUGCUGGAGGGAGUGAAGGUGGAUUGAUGGGGUGUACUGCGUGGCUCAAGAGUGGGGAGGUGGUUGAUGGCACGACUAGUGGGGCAGAGGUGUCGGAUCCUGUUUUGGCGUAUUCCUGGGGCAAGGCUGUGAGGUUCAUCAGGGCCAGAGUACAGCGAGAAGGAGAUGAGGCUACUCCAGAGUUUGUGGAAGGGCGCAAGUGGGAGGCAAGCGAAGGUGUGAGAGCUAUGGAGUGGUACGACCCGAAUCAUCUCCUGGUGAUCACAUCUACAUCUCUGGUUCUUCUAGAUGUACGGUCCAUGAAGGUGGUGGAAAAUACGCCUUUGCAAACAAGCCUGUUGACAUCGCAAGACUUUUACAAAGGUCUCCCCCCAAAAGCCGAAGGGGAGCUUGUGCCGAAUUCGUUUGUCGGGAGUACCAAGACCAACUUGCAAGCCGGCACCUUGCUGCUCUGGAACGAUCGCAUCCUCACCCAGGUACACCGCGGUGAUUUCCUUUUCGCCAUCUCUGUCGCUUUGUCCUACUACAACGGCACUGCUAAGGGGAACACCAUCAACCUCCCCUCGGACCCACUUGAACGACAGGAAGUGGUUGGGAAGAGAAUGAGAGAUCUGAUGAAGGCGUCUCUAGAGUGGGCGUUCUCGCCUGACAGAAUGACAGACGAUACGCACUUUAGUGCCGAUGGCCGAGGUGUCGAUCUGACCUCUCUCUUUGAGGGUCUGGCUACUUCCUGCAUCGAAGCAUGCUUGGCGAUAGGCGACACCGAACUCUUAUUUGACGACGCGUACGACCACUACUCUCAAGUAGGCAUUCAAAGCAUCUUUCUCAACAUUCUCGAACCCUUCAUCUUUUCCAACCGGGUCCGCGAAAUACCGCCCGACAUCAUCAAGGCCCUCAUUACAAUGCACGACGAGAAACAAGAGCUUGACCUGGCCGAGUCUAUCAUUUGGCAUGUCGACCCCAUAUCGCUCGAUAUCAACCAAGCCAUUACUCUUUGCGAGAAGCAUGGCUUGUGGGACGCGAUGAUCCAUGUGUAUACGCGGGCGAUGCGAGACUAUGUGGCGCCAAUAGUCAAACUCAUAGGGGUGGUGAGAGAUAUUCAGCGACAUAGGCUGCAUAGACCUUCUUUGGUCGGAGAUGAGAGGGAUGGGACGGAGGAACUGGCGCCGAAUGCUUACAAGCUUUACGCGUACUUGGAGACUGUACUGUCUGGCCUUUCGUAUCCCAGCAAUGAGCCCUUGUCUGAACGAGAGGCCCAUCAAGCGAGGACAGAGGUUUACUCUUUCAUAUUCCAAGGAAGGACCGUGACUUGGCCCCAAGGCUCUUCUGAGCUUGUCUUGACUGUCGACCAAGACCAUCCCGAACCUCCCUAUCCUUAUCUCAGCCUUCUACUUCGUUUCGCCACCGAGGCCUUUCUCCAUGCGAUGGAUAUCGCUUUUGAGGAUUCAUACCUCAAUGAUCCCUCAGGCGCGAUCAAUCGUCAAUCCAUCGUCAAUCUCAUGCUGGAUGUCAUGGACCCUGAGUAUUUCCACCCGGGAGAUAUCACCUUCCUGCACAUCUUUGUGGCUCGGAACCUGCCCAAGUAUCCUCAAUUCCUGUUCAUUCCUCCUUCGACUCUCCAUCGCAUCCUCGUUUCUCUCGCCAGCGACCCAGACCAGAGCACCCGCGAAGACCGACAAAUGGCGGCUGAGUAUCUUCUUUCUGCGUAUACACCUCAUGACGGCGAUGCCAUGCUUGCCUUGUUCGAGCAGGCCGGGUUUUUCAGGAUAUUGAGAGGGGCAUACAGGAGAGAAGGCAAAUGGGGGCAGUUGAUCAAUACACUGCUGCGCGAUCCGGAUUCGGACGAAGAAGUGUUUGGGGCAUUGGAAAGGAUUGUCAAAGAUGCUUCUCCAGCUGCGUCGAGUGAGGUAUCGCAAGCGGUGACUGAGGCACUACCUCAACUGUUUGAACUGGGAGUGCGGGAGACCGCAGUGUUGCUCGACAAGGAGCUACCAGAUGUGCAUUCUGCUGCUAUUGAGGCUCUUGGUCCCACACCGCACAAGCAAAUGGCGUAUCUUCGAUGCUUGCUAGAGCCUGAUGGUGAAGAGACCAGCUCAUCGACUCCUUCCACCAAUGUCGAACUGCCGAGCCGUCACCUCUAUAUCGACCUCCUCUCUCGAAAUGAUCCUGGACAUGUCGUCGCCUUCCUCGACGAACGCGGUCCAUCUUUCUUUGACCUUUCACGCCUGUCCAAACAGUGUGAGGCUGAGCAUCUCUACGAGGCUCAACUGUGGGCUCUGGACCGACAAGGGAAGACAAAGGAAACGUUCGACACUGUUGGUGACGUCUUGCGGAACAAGGGCGCCGAGCUUGGUGAAGGGGUCUUGGGCGAUGAUCUAGGAAGUGUCCACCUUGCGCUUGAGGUGAUUCAAGGCGUGGCAAAGAUGGGAGUCAGAUUGUGCCAAGCGCACUCGAUCCAAGCGAAGGAUGGACAUGGCGCGAAGAGGGAGAUGGAAGUGGAAGACAUGUGGCUGGGGGUCUUGCACGAGAUCAUCGAGCUCGUCCACGCCUCCUCCGCUCUCGCUUCCUCGUCCUCAGACGGCAUAGUCCUCGAUACUCUCCGUUCUCUGGUUCAGGAGACCCUCGCUUCCCUUGUCUCUUCAUCCUCCCCAUCUCUCUCCUUCCCUCGCUUGUUCAAACGACUCGUUGAAGCAUCGACCUCCACCUCCAAGCAGUCUGCCAAGGGCCGAGCGUAUAGCGAAUUCAGAACUAUUCUGGUGGGCAUGCUGGAUUCGUAUAGGGCGGAGGGGGAGAUGUUGAGCAUGACGACGAGAUUAGUGGAGGCGGAUUUGGGAGAAGUGGCUAGUGACUUUGUGAAGGAGAGCGUGAAAGGGUGGAGAGCAGAGCUGGGGAAGGAAUGCGGAGAGUGCGGAUUGGAGAUGAACAAGGAGGAACAAUGGGUCGUUAGAGGGUCCGGGAGAGUGUUGCAUCGUGUGUGUUUGACAGUCGAUUAG